AUGUUGCUCUUACAGCUCAAUCUAUUCAUUCUCCUUUUCGUCUUGCGACAAACAAGCUCAGCGCAAUUGGAUCUCGACUUAAAUGAGCCAGCAAUCGAUUCUAUGAAUAUAGACUUGAAUCUACCCCUUGAACAACAUGAAGAAAGUAUGACAGCACCAAUGAAGCAAACAGUACAAGAUUCUGUUCCAGACCAAUCUCGCUCUACAAAGCCUAAGAGGCACAGAAGCAAACUCAAAAUGAAAGUAUAUAGGGAUACUUUCAAGGCAAAGUUGAUGACGAAACCGGAAGACUAUGAAAAGUUUAAAACAAUAAAAAGUCAAAAGGCAAAAGACAAGUAUCACAAUUUAAAUAAAGCUGAAAAAGAAGAACUACUCUUACAAAAGAGGCUUUCUUAUCGAAAGCUUAUGCACAGUAGGAAGCAGCAGAAUCCCGAAUAUCGUAAAAUAGACAAACGAACUCAAUUACGUGCACGGAUCCGUGAGGGAAAUCCCUCAGAGGACGAUGUACGCAAACAUGCGGAAUUGUUGAAGAAAGAUAGAAUCCGAGACCAAAACCGUAAACAAGCGGCUCUAAAUUCAGCGAAGAAAAUGCCUCUAGUUAGGACUGCGCCUUCAAAUCAACCACACUCAUAG